AACAGGUUCAACAUGAUUAUGUUAUUAUAAUCUUGAAAUUGAAAUCAAUAGUAAAGAGAAUGCAAUCGUGAUGAUUUCAAGAGAUAGGAUAUUUUAAUAACAUUUCAAACGUAAAUAAAAUGAAAUGCGCAAGCAUCACAGAAAAGAUUCUACUUCUUCAGGCAACCAGGGGGUAAUCAACGAAGAAGAAGAAGAUCAACACCACCAUCAUCAUCAUCAUCAUCAACAACAACCACAACAACAGCAGCCACAGCAACAGCCACAGCAACAGCCACAGCAACAACAACAACGAUCAAAAAGAAGUAGUUUAACUACAUUUAAUGGAUGGAUGAAAGGAAUUUUUAAGAAGAAACCCAAAGAAAUUACACCAACGCCGCGGCCUCGGCCACAAAGCACACAGCACACAGGAAAUGAAAAAUUAUUGUAUAUGAGAAAUUCUUUAACUUCAUUAUUUAAAAAUAAAAACCACAAACCUAAACUUACUAUCAAGGAUAUUGAACUUCUUGAUGGCAUGGAAGUAAAUGAUUUGAAGAAGCGUUACAUGGUGACUGGUCCAAAAGCUAACAUACUCGAAAUGUUGGUAGCAGAUUAUAAAAGUGGGAGAUUCUCAGCACCAGGUGGAUCUCAUAAACCAAAACCAACUUCAUCAACUCCAAAGGUGCUCGACAAAGUUAUAUUGGAUCAAAUGAUAAAAGAUUAUGACGAAGAAAUAAGAAAAAAAGAUUUAGAAGAAAUACAAAAGAAUGCUGAUGAAUUGAAAAAGAGAUUUGCUAUGCCUGAAGCUCAAGUGCUUAAAUUAGAUAAUAUAGUCAAAGAACUGUAUAAAGGAAAGAGUUCUCAGAUGGAUAUAGCUGCAGCUUUACUUGAUCCAAAGAAACUGACGAAAGAACAGCUUAAUACCUUAAUAAAAGAAUACGAGGACAGUCAGGUUAAAAAGAAAAGAUUAUCGAACAUUUUUGGUCAAAGUAGACUUUCGCUAGACGCGUCUAAAAAGAGAUUUUUUCAUUUGAGGGGGAAAGGGUCUGGUAAAUAGAAUAAUAAAUAAAUGAAUACAGAUUAACAUUCUUAUGUUACCAUGAAUUUGCCCUACCUUGAUACUACCACACCCUGGUACUUCACACUGAACAAAAACCAUUAUGUUGAGAUUCCAUUACCAACAGAUGAAAAUAUUUCAUUGCCCACUCCUACCAAGCGUUACUCUUGUACAUUAUCAAGAAAAAAGUGUAAAACCAAUGAAGUACCAGUAGAUGUUAUUUUUGUAAAUAAAUCUAAACGUCAACAGUUACCAAAUUCACGUAAAAUAAAGGGCGAAACAAGUAAUUCAAUGCAAAGACGAAAACGUGUAAAACCUAACAGUAUUAAAAAAUCUCUCGAGUAAAUGAAAAGAAAUUACAAGUAUAGUUUAUAAAAAAAUAUUUAGAAUUCCGUCGUAGUGUGUCAAAUACAUCGGCCAAGGUGAAUGACUUUUUAAAUUGGAGAAACGUGAAUUAUCUUGGACAUAUAAGUAUAGCUAAUUUGGAAAAGAAAAAGGAAAAGGAAAAAUGAUGACAAGUUAUAAUCGUCCUCAAUUAACACACAUGCGUAAACAAAAUUUCAGCAGUCAUCAUACAAUAAUACGAGAUGAAGGCAAAAAGAAAACCAAGGAAAGCAAAGACAGAAGACAGCCCUCGAAAUGUAUGAAGACUGCCAUCAAAAAUCUUGC